CUGAAAGCUAAACUGAAAGUAAUAUUUUUUUUUCUCUUGAAUAUUUGGAAUGCUCUGAUGUGAUAUUAUCCGCAUUUCACAAUAAUGUUUGUUUUUCAAUCUAGUGACGUCGAGAUGAUAACAGAUAAGUGAUAACAAAUAUAAUAUAUUUUUCUAUGAUACCACUGUCAUGUGAGAGUGAUCAAAAUAAUAUAACAAUUGACCCGGGUAUAGAACAUUAUUCAGGAACUUUAGGAUUAAUUGUAAAUUCAUCGAUCCCCAUCGACAGUAUGAAAUUUUUCAUGACUUAAUCAUCGUCAAAGUCUAACAUAAACCAAAGGCAUAUUAAUAGAAAUUACCAUGUAUUGAAAUCAUGUAUUGUCUACUUGCAAUUGAACAGAUGCUUGAUUAAGUCAUGAUUGAGGCUGGAGAAUUAUCAACAUAUCUUCAUCGUAUUGAUGCUUUAACUACAGAAGACUAUGAUCAAAUUAAAGAUAUUACAAAGAAACAUUGGAAGAGUAACGACACCAGAAAAUGUUUUACACGGUCUUGUCGUAAACCAUUUUCUUUGAUUGAAAGAUCACAUCACUGUCGAAGAUGUGGAGAAGUGUUUUGUUUUAAUUGUGUGAAAUAUCAACGUAAACUAAAUAAAUUAGCCAAUCCUGAUCCAGAUGGAAAAUCUUACAAGGUGUGUUUUUGUUGCUAUGAAGAGGGGAAAGUUACCGAGGGGGUCCAGAGAAGCUGGUUGAGUGACUUCAAACAAUUUCGAGUUGCUGGUCAGAAUAAUCGGUGGGCUUUAGCCAAUGGUCAGCAGACGAGAUCAAGACGAAGCCGACUGAACCUGGACACAGAAUGUCAGAGGUUGAUCCAGGGUUUUAAGAACAACAUCACAAGGUCAGAGGUCAAACGAACACUGCAAGAAAUGAGAAGCAUGGUGGCAAAACCUGACUGGCAGAAAUCGUCAAUAUGGAUACAAGAAAAUAUGAGUAGUAAGUGUGCUACUUGUUCAAGUGACUUUAAUUUAUUACGGUCGAAGUAUAGUUGUACUGUAUGUGGGGUGGUGGUCUGUAAAUCAUGUUCAAGUAAAGAUUUGUUGGUUUUUAUACCAGAUGAAGAUGAGUAUGCUGAACCCGAACUAGUUAUCAUCAAAAUAGUUGGGUGUCCCGCUGUUGAACCAGAAGUCAGUCUUCAACUGAGAGUUUGUGGUACCUGUCGUGAUCUGUUGGAGACCAAACAGGUAGCCAGAUAUCAGCAAACUGAAAUAACAACGACAGACAACGAUUUUCUUUCAAAGUUGCUCAUAUUACACGAGAAAUUUCAUGGUGUGGAAGAAAAGAUUAAUGUUCAUUUACCAGAGUAUGAAUUGAUAGUAUCAUCACUGAACAAUAACAGUCGAGGAGGCGGAGGUCAAAAUGGGAAAAGUAACAUGAAAACAUUAGCCAAGGCUCAGGAAGAUCUGGCUGAUUAUCUGACCGAACAUGUGACAUCCACACAGCAGUUAAAAAGACUUAAACCAGAAACCAACACACAGUCCAACAUGUUUAAAUGUUAUAUUAAGAGUAAAUGUGACUAUUAUAUGGAGAAUAUGUCACGAUUUCGGCGAUUGGGUAAACAACUGAGUCAGACGUCACCGCCAGAAGUCCUGGAGUUUAUACAAAGAAUUAUGAACAAGGAUUCUAUUAUCAGUGGCCAUGUGUAUAUAAGACAACUGAUAUAUGAAACUAUUAAUUUGUGUGGUAAAUAUCAUCUAGAUGAACUUCUACCAAAAUUAUUAAUGGUUGCAGAAGAGAGAAUAGAAAAAGAUGUUUCAUUAUGUUUACGACUGGAUGGUGAAGACUAUGACCAACAUGAAGAUUUAGUUCAAGAAAUGAUCAAGUCACAAAUGAAGCAUCAUAAACUAAUUCGAACAUCUAGAACUAUGGAGAAGAAACAAGGUGCGGUCCAUGUGAAAUCUAUCAUGUUAUUGAGAUGUGUCGAGGUUUUAAAACAGAUGCUCUUACAGCUUCAGCUUAAAACAACCAAUAAAAGUUUCUCAGAAACUAAAGCAUCCAUUAACAACGCAAUAGAAAAAAUAGAAUCCAUUCCUUGCAGAUAAUUGUCGUCCAAUCAAAAUCAACGUACUACUAUCCAACUACAUAUCUUUUGUUUUGGCCUGAUCAUCUAGGGGUUGGUUUAACUCUGAAUGUAUUUAAAACAAUAACAACUUAUCCUUGAAAAAUGUUAAUGAUGACCAUAUUGUUUACUAAACUAUAACUCCAUUAAGGGAUCAAAAAAAAAAUCAGCAUACUGUACUUACUAUAUUUUAGGUUAGGAACAUGGAAUGAAUAAUUUGUAAAUAUAACAAUAUUGUUUCAUCCAUCAUAUUACUCUGCUUCUUGUCUAUGAAUUUGAAAAUAAUAAUUGGUCAAUGACAUAAUAUGGUCGCAACGACAAUAUUGCUACAGUAUUCCUUCCUGAGUUAUCCCCCCUUUUAAGACCCAUUCAUUGCAGAUAUUUGUCUCAAGUACAAUAUGUAUCUAUGUUUGUUGUAUAUAUUAUUGUGUUCAUUCAGUUAUUGUUCUAACUAAUAGUCUUCAAAUCAAAGUCUUGGUCUGUCAUUGAGUCAACUGGCGUGGUUUUGAUUCCCCGGUUUUAUGUGACAAGGAGUAGGGUCGCCUUUCCAAUUUCCUGGGUUUUCUCUAGGUCCUCCGGUUUCCUCCCACUGCUAAAGACCCCUACGUGUGCAAGCGAAUUAUUAAAAUAAAAUUGAACCAUGUAUUAGUCCCGUAAUAACCUAGUUUGUGUCGAGUGGAUGUUAAACCCCAUCUCUCUCUCUCUCUCAAUCCCCAAAAUAGUGACAGUUGGAUGAUAAGAGGGAUUACGGGCUACAAUGAAUGCACCGAUUGCAUAAAAAAUUGCUCAAGCAACCAUGACAGCUGAAACAUAUUCCUUGUGUUUAAUAACAUCAUGAUUCUACUCACACCACCUCUGUUGUUAGGAAUGACAGAACUGAAUUUCACUUCACUUGAUUGCAAUUCUGUCCCAAUGUAUUCAUUCCUGAGUUAUCCCCCCUUUUCCGAACCCAUUCAGAUGUAUCUUUGAGUUUAUUGUGUUCAUUCAAUUAUUGUGCUGCUUUAAUUAUUGAGUUAGUUUUGAUUUCAAAUACUAAUAUCAUUAUAAUUUUAAUUGUAAAAAUGUAAUUAUGUUUAAUUAAUUUUAGAUAUUGUGAUAUGUUUAUAUAUUAGCAGCUAAGAUCAUUAUAAUUUUAAUUGUAAAAAUGUAAUUGUGUUUAAUUAAUUUUAGAUAUUGUGAUAUGUUAAUAUAUUAGCAGCUAGGAUACUUACCUCGAACAAACAAUAAGAGUCUCUCACAAACUAUAUCAUCCAUAAAGACCUGAAUUCAAACGGUAGAAGUCAUUCAAAUGAAACUCAUUAGGGGUGCUCGAUUGCAAUCAAGUGAUACAGAAUUCAACCCAGUCACAGUUCUGCCAGCCCCGACAGCUGAGUUAGUGUGAGUAGAAUUGUGACAUAUUUUAAGUAAGAAAUAUGUUUCAGCAGUCAUGAUUGGUUGAGAUAUUUUUUUAUGCAGUCGGCACUCGGCACAUGCGUUGUAUUCCGAAAUUCUACUUUUCAUUCGAUUGACACUAUUUUUGGAAUUGAGAGAAUUUAAUUCAGGAACGUUCGAUCGAGUACCCCUAUUGUAUUAGUUCCUGAGUUAUCUCCCCUUUUCCAAACUCUUCCUUGAAGAUAAUGGUAUUAAGUAUAUUUGUGUUUGUUGUAUAAUUAAUGUGUUCAUUCAAUUAUUGUGCUAAAUAAUUACAUACAGACCUUACACAAUCUGAUUAAAACACAGAUCCUAUUUCGUUUCAUUUUUUAUAGUUCAAAAUUUCGUUUUACUUGUCUUUACUACACUAGUAGUAGGAUCUGGAAGAGUUGUUAUAUAACCCGUAAGGAUUAACCAAUGAAACCGAACUGUGGGUAUCCCAGUAGAAACAUCAACGCUGAAUAGUAAAUCA